CAACUCACUUUGAAUCCAACAACUCGUCUUACAAGACUCAAAAAAGUAUAUCCGCCUCGUCCUUCAGGAUGGAAGUCAUGGAUUCACUUUAGCUGGACUUGUCAUGAAUUGAUCAAGGUCAAUCGACUUGACAAUUCAUCAUGUCUCCCCCAGCUGCCAUCUUUGAACAGCCCUCUGUGGCCCCUACUGGUAUCAAGAGCAAGGUCGUCGUCCCUGAGACCGCCGCUGCUCCCGUUGCCGGUGCCUCGACCAAGCUCUUGGACCACUUCGGUACCAACUGGGAUGAGUUCAAGUUUGCUCCCAUCCGUGAGAGCCAGGUCUCGCGGGCCAUGACCAGACGCUACUUCCAGGACCUCGACAAGUAUGCCGAGAGUGACGUUGUCAUUGUCGGUGCUGGUUCUUGCGGUCUCAGCACUGCCUACGUUCUGGCCAAGGCCCGCCCUGACUUGAAGAUUGCCAUUAUCGAGGCUUCCGUCUCGCCUGGUAUAGGUGGUGGUGCUUGGUUGGGUGGACAGCUCUUCUCCGCCAUGGUCCUCCGUCGUCCUGCGGAGGUCUUCUUGAACGAGCUCGGUGUGCCAUACGAGGAUGAACCCUCGAACCCCAACUUCGUUGUUGUCAAGCACGCCUCUCUGUUCACCUCGACUUUGCUGUCCAAGGUCCUCCAGUUCCCCAACGUCAAGCUGUUCAACGCUACCGCCGUUGAGGACUUGGUCACCCGCCCCUCGCCCAACGGUGACCCCAAACAGAUCCAGAUUGCCGGUGUUGUCACCAACUGGACUCUGGUCACCCUCCACCACGACGACCACUCGUGCAUGGACCCCAACACCAUCAAUGCCCCCGUCAUCGUCAGUACCACUGGCCACGACGGCCCCUUCGGUGCCUUCUGUGCCAAGCGUCUUGUCUCCAUGAACAGCGUCGACCAGUUGGGUGGCAUGCGCGGUUUGGACAUGAACUCCGCCGAGGAUGCCAUCGUCAAGAACACCCGUGAGGUCGCCAAGGGUCUCAUCAUCGGUGGUAUGGAGCUGUCUGAGAUUGACGGCUUCAACCGCAUGGGCCCUACCUUCGGUGCUAUGCUUCUCAGUGGUGUCAAGGCUGCUGAGGAGACCUUGCGCAUCUUCGACGAGCGCAAGGCCCAGUGUGCUGAGUAA